AUGACCUCGCAGGCGAGCGGCCUUGCUGUCGGCUGGCACGACCCUCCGGGCGCAGCGGCCAGCUUCCUCUCGGUGACGCACGGGCUGAUCGACGCCGCCGCCUCGCUCUGCGAGCGGGCGGACGGCGCGGCCGACGAAGACGCGCGGAGUUGCGCGAUCGAGGCCUUUGGCGCGCGGCUUGCGGCAGAGGUGUCCGCCUCUGGCCGGCGCGGCCAGCUACGCGGCACGCUCGUCGCCAUCGAAAUGGUCGGAGCCUGCGGCUCCGCAGACGAGUACGGCGGCCGCUUCGCCGGGCUGGCGCGGCAGGUGGGUCAGCGGGUGGUGGGCAAGGCGGCGCUGGUCGCGGCGCUGCGGGAGCACCUGCAGCAGUGGGCGAGGGGCGGGGCCGUGGCGAGCCGGCACGAGGCGUACGCUGGGCUGCUGCCCGCAGAGCUGCUAGGGCUCGCAGGCCUCGCCGACGAGGGAGCGAGCUUUUACCUCUGCCGCUCGUUCGAGGUCGCUCCGGGCGUGACCCUCAAGCCGAGCUGGUCGCUCGGCGUCUACCUCUCGCGGUCGGCCGCGCCGCCGCCGCCACCAUCGCCGCUGGAGCAUAGCUGA